AUGACACUUCUCUCCGCUGUCUUGACGAUUCCGGUCCUAGUCAUGGCAUGGGCUCCGCUUCCUGAGAGGGAGGUGGCAUAUUCCUCGGCUUCACUCUCCUUGGCCACCGUUGUUCAAAUUGUCAUAGCAGGACCUUUCUAUCCCAAGGCCCUGAAGGCUCUCGUUUUCUCGAGGGUUAUCGAGAUGGACCUGUUGAUUGUCCUGAGCACCAGCACUGCCUACAUCUUCUCGGUGGUCUCCUUUGGGUACCUCAUUGCAAAGAAGCCCCUUUCGACUGGUCAAUUCUUUGAAACGAGCACUCUCUUGGUCACCUUGAUCAUGGUUGGUCGAUGGGUUGCCGCUCUUGCUCGUCAGAGAGCUGUUGAAUCCAUUUCUAUCCGGUCACUUCAGGCAUCGACAGCUAUCCUUGUCGACAAAGAGAGCGGAGCGGAACGGGAGAUUGACGCCCGACUUCUUCAAUACGGUGACACCUUCAAAGUUCUCCCUGACAUCAGAAUCCCGACCGACGGCACUGUCAUUAAUGGGUCGUCUGAGGUUGACGAAUCCAUGCUCACUGGUGAAUCUAGACCAGUGGAGAAAUAUCCUAAGUCUGUGGUGAUUGCUGGGUCUAUCAAUGGACCUGGAGUUAUGACUGUUCAACUGAACCGUUUGCCUAGCGAUAAUACUAUUAGUGCUAUCGCUGCGAUGGUCGAUGAGGCUAAACUGUCGAAACCCAAGCUGCAGGAUCUCGCAGACCGGGUAGCAUCCUACUUCGUCCCGGUUGUGGUGGCAUUGACGAUCAUCACGUUCGUCAUCUGGGUUGCAGUGGGCGUGACUAUUCGUGGAUAUGAUGCGUCAGAAGCUACAAUUCAGGCCAUCACAUACGCCAUUACUGUCCUCAUCGUCUCUUGCCCCUGCGCUAUUGGACUGGCUGUUCCUAUGGUCAUUGUGAUUGCUAGCGGAGUCGCGGCGGAAAGAGGUAUCAUCUUCAAGUCUGCAGAUGCUAUUGAAGUGGCUCAUAAGACGUCGCACGUCGUGUUUGAUAAGACUGGGACCUUGACUCAGGGAAAGCUGUCAGUCGUCGCGAAGGACUGCGUCGACGAGGACAAGCUCCCACUUCUUCUAGGCCUCAUCGAAAACAGUCGACACCCAGUCUCAGUUUCUGUGGCUGCUUACCUCAAGGAUACUGGGGUUAUGGCCUCGACUGUUCCUGAGCCCAAGAGCCUUACUGGUAAAGGUGUUGAAACCACCUUGGGCGGCCGGAGACUUCGAGCAGGCAAUUCUCGCUGGCUGAACUUAUCGGAACAUGAACUUGUUCAACCAAUGCUUGCUCAAGGAUACACUGUCUUCUGCUUUACUAUCGACAAUGCGUUACAGGCAGUCUAUGCUCUUGAAGAUGAGCUUCGACCUGACGCUGCAGGGACGAUUGAGACCUUGCAGAAGCGUGGUGUCUCGGUACAUGUGGUUUCUGGCGACGAUGACUGA